GAAAGACUUCAGCCACUCACAUAUGCUACCCACUUGUACAGGCAGUCAUAGCUGGAGAUCUAAUGAAGCUCAUAGAAUGCUAUAAGAAUGGCGGCAGUCUACUAAUCCAGGGACCGGAUCACUGUUCACUUCUUCACUACGCAGCUAAAACUGGGAAUGGAGAUAUUGUGAAAUACAUCCUUGACCAUGGUCCUUCUGAAUUAUUGGAUAUGACAGAUAGUGAAACGGGAGAGACAGCAUUGCAUAAGGCUGCCUGCCAGCGGAACCGGGCUGUCUGCCAACUCCUGGUGGAUGCAGGGGCAUCUCUGAGAAAGAGAGAUUCCAAGGGCAAGACCCCUCAAGACAGAGCCCAGCAGGCUGGGGACCCAGAUCUGGCUUCAUAUCUAGAGAGUCGUCAAAGCUACAAGAUCUUAACCCAUGAAGACUUAGAGACUGCAGUUUGACUCAGGUAGAAGGAAGAAGGGAACUCUGGUGAGAAUACCGACAAUGCCCCUUGGCAAUCUGGCUUGCUCCUGCAGAAGAAACUGAUGGAAUCAAUGUGUCUAUCUUUAUCAUGCAAGAUAUCUAUCUGAGGACAUGCCACCAGUUUCUAAGGGCUACUGAGAUGCACCACAGAAUACAAUAGCCCCAGGGAAUGAGGCAGGAUUCAUGGAGGUUUGUGGAAUACCCGGUCCACAAAAUUUGAUCCUUAUUGCUUCCAGCAAGUAGCAUGAACUUCUGUGUUCACCUGUAUAAUUGAUUUUAAAGUCAGAAAGGAUGUUCCUAUAAAUGGCACUGCUCCUCUUCCCCUUCUGCACAGAGUGGCCCCCUACAUCCACACAGCCCUACUACUAUCCAUCGAUUGGUUUUAAAUGAAAAGGAUGUCUGUUCUCUUAACAAUUGGGCUUCACAGCUAGUGUGGUUUCUGGAAGGACUUUCAAGGAGCUCUGGAUGGCCCACAAAAACAUGACUCUGCUUCAGUUUCCUAUGACUAAAUUCAUCUAAAAUAUUUAGUGACUAGGGAGCGUUUUCCCUUUUUUGCAUGGGUUCCUCUCUUUCUUUUCCAUCUUAUGGGAACUGAGAAGUACCUUAUGGAAGAUGUCAACGGGUGUCAGAAUUGAGUCCUGAUAAAUCUCUGAGCUAUAGUGAGGUAACAUGGGAACAUGUGGAUUUGAUUAUGUGGUCACUGAGCAGGACUUGAGGUACCUUGCUAAGGCACCCAAAGUGGUAGAUUGGGGUUCCUGGUCUCUGCCCAUGGCAACAAAAGAAUGGUUCAGCUUGGGCUUUUUUAAUAUCUGAGUACUGCCUAUGUGUAGCCAUUUUUGCCUUCUGGUGCAAUGGAAUUGGAGGAUGGAUGGAACAAAGGCAGUCAGACUGUUGGCACAGCUCCCUACUUCUAAGAGCUAUGGCAAAAAAAAAGAAUUAAAAAAAAAAGCAGACAAUCAUGAGUUUGGGCACAGGGAAUGGAAUAUUGUGGCCGAAUUUAUUUCCAGACAUUUCUGAGAGUAGAGAACAGGCCUGUUUCAUGGAGAGGCUUGGCAUAAAACACUGAAUUUCUAAGAAGACCCAUUUAAGCAAAAUGGCAGCCAUUGGCCUUCUAACCAGUGCUACCCUAACCUACCAUCUUGAGUACAGCUGUCUUAGGGAGCCUGCUGCUAGGUGUCUCCUCCAGCUUUUAGGUUCUUUUAAUCACUCUAUUCUGAACAUAUUGUCCCCAAGAUGAGAGAACUACAGCCUCUGCACCUUCUACUUCUGUUUUGCCGCCACAAUUUGGCAAUAUCCAAGUUCCUUUACAAUUGACUCUCUACCACACUGAUGUCAGGUACCAAUGUUACAUCUUUAGCUCCCUUGGCUCAGUGUUGGCACCAUUAACAACAUCAUUUAGCAGGGGAAAAGAAGCAUUUUGCAUCCCCUUUUCUUCUUUCUCUUUCCCACAACCUACCAUUGAAGAGAUCUUAGAAGGAAGAUGCAUGACAGUGUUGCUUUCAUCAGUGGAGUAGGGCUGUUCCAUCUCUACCACCUCAGCUCAUACUGCACACACAGGUCUCUGUGAGUUUGUACUGACCAGGAUCUUAGUGCUCAUUAGAGCUCAUAAAAAUGCCCCUGGCGUUAGGGCAAACAAUCUUGGCUUUGCUUCUGUGCAAGCUGCAGAGAUGGAAUGUUUAUAAUUCCUUUACUGGGUGUGCAAAGACUUUGCUAUUGCCUAAAGUGACCCUGUCUUAGUCUUCAUACCAUCCCCUCUCAUUGGACAUGAAUAAAGUGUUUUCCUAGUGUUUCUGCAUGUGAACUUAAAUGAUCGUCUUUCUAUUUUUAACUUACAGGUCCAGUGGUGAUGCAUUGAUCCACUGGUUAUUUGAAUCACAUUUUGAUUAUAUAUCACAAUUUUCAAGUACAGAUUAGAUACACUAUUUAAAAUAGGGGUUAUCCCAAACUAGUUGGUGAUUAUAACCUCAAUCUCCCCAGUCACUUCAAAUUUGCAUCAUUGACAUUAUUUCAGCUGUGGAAGAAAAAGGCAGGUGGUGAAUGAUCUAUUUCUACACAUCAGCCUUCAGAAAUGGACACUGGGGAGAGGUGAAUGGAGAAACUAUAGUGGAUUAUUUCCAGAAGCUGGGGAAAAAAAA